AGCUGCUGACUGCAAAGAAGACCCACACCUCUCUCACCACGAGUGCCCGCCUUAGUGAGGAUCCAGGGUGGCCACCCUUCCCAACCCACUGCCCAGUUCCUGUGUCAGCAGAGAGAGGCUCUCACUGACUAAGGGGCUGUGAGGGUUCCAGCAAGAUGGAAGACCUCCCAGGAGGUUGGCCCAGCACAAAUUGAAGUGAUCCCUUGCAAAAUCUGUGGGGAUAAAUCGUCUGGGAUCCACUACGGUGUUAUCACCUGUGAGGGGUGCAAGGGCUUUUUCCGACGGAGCCAACAGUGUAAUGUGGCCUACUCCUGCACCCGUCAGCAGAACUGUCCCAUCGACCGCACCAGUCGGAACCGAUGCCAGCACUGCCGCUUGCAGAAGUGCCUGGCUCUGGGCAUGUCCCGAGACGCUGUCAAGUUUGGCCGAAUGUCCAAGAAGCAGAGGGAUAGCCUGCAUGCAGAAGUGCAGAAACAACUGCAGCAGCAGCAGCAGCAGCAGCAACAGGAGCAAGUGGCCAAGACGCCCCCAGCAGGAGGCCACGGAGCAGAUACACUCACCUACACCUUGGGGCUCCCAGAUGGGCAGCUACCACUGGGUGCCUCACCUGACCUGCCCGAGGCGUCUGCCUGUCCCCCUGGCCUCCUGAGAGCCUCAGGCUCUGGGCCACUCUAUUCUAACAACUUGGCUAAAACAGAAGUCAACAGGGCGUCCUGCCACCUCGAGUACAGCCCUGAGCGAGGCAAAGCUGAGGGUAGAGACAGCAUCUAUAGCAUGGGCAGCCAGCUUACUUCUGGAAGAUGUGGACUUCAUUUUGAGGGAUCCAUGCACCCUGAGCUUGAGGAACCGGGACAAGGUCCAGACAGUCACUGUAGCCCCAGUUUCUGCAGCACCCCAGAGACACCAUAUGCCUCUCUGACAGAAAUAGAGCACCUGGUACAGAACGUCUGCAAGUCCUACAGAGAGACAUGCCAGCUGCGGCUGGAGGACCUGCUACGGCAGCGCACCAACCUCUUCUCCAGGGAGGAGGUGACCAGCUACCAGAGGAAGUCAAUGUGGGAGAUGUGGGAGCGCUGUGCCCACCGCCUUACAGAGGCCAUUCAGUACGUAGUGGAGUUUGCCAAGCGGAUCUCAGGCUUUAUGGAGCUCUGCCAGAAUGACCAGAUCAUACUACUGAAAGCAGGAGCAAUGGAGGUCGUACUGGUUAGGAUGUGCCGAGCCUACAACGCUGACAACCACACAGUCUUUUUUGAAGGCAAAUAUGGUGGUGUGGAGCUGUUCCGAGCCUUGGGCUGCAGUGAGCUCAUUAGCUCCAUCUUCGACUUCUCCCACUUCCUCAGUGCCUUGCGUUUUUCUGAGGAUGAGAUUGCCCUCUACACAGCCCUGGUUCUCAUCAAUGCCAAUCGACCUGGGCUCCAAGAGAAAAGGAAAGUGGAACAGUUACAAUACAACCUGGAGCUAGCCUUCCAUCAUCAUCUCUGCAAGACUCAUCGCCAAGGCCUCCUGGCCAAGCUGCCACCCAAAGGAAAGCUCCGGAGCUUGUGUAGCCAACACAUGGAAAAGCUACAGAUCUUCCAGCACCUCCAUCCAAUUGUGGUCCAAGCUGCCUUCCCUCCACUCUACAAGGAACUCUUCAGCACUGAAAUUGAGUCCCCUGAGGGGAUGUCCAAGUGAUCUGGAUGAGAGAUGACAUUCAUCUCCCUUCAGCCUGCUGGCCCACCUCCCCGGACCUUUCCUGUGCCCUCUGGAAGGUGGUCUCCACCUGCUAUCUAGGAGUGAGCAAAAACUGAGACUGGUUCUGCCCUCAGGCUUACUUGGCAGUGCAACAAUAGCCAAAGGGUGGUGAUGGAGAAAAGAUGUGUUCUUUUUCAUUUCCCAUACCUUCUACCCUGCCUUCUGGGUGGUAUGGGGUGGGUAGGAUACAAGGACCUCUAGGAUGACCACCAAACACAAACAAACAGGGGAAUAAACCCAGACACCUGGGAUGACAAGAACUCUACCCUAGGCUCAGAAGCUAAGAAUAGGCCUUUGAAAUACCUCAUUGUAUUUCCCCAUGGAAAUACAAUCUCUUCCGACUCGGGGAGAUGGAGCACGCUCAGAGACUAGUGGCAAGAGCCCAGAAGGAACUGUAUAUUACAUGAAUCCAGCUCCUUAAGAUUUUCUACUUUCUUCUUCUUAGUUCAGAAACUUCUCAGUUCAGAAAAGUUGUUGACUACUCUGCCUUUUUCCUGGGAUCUAAAAAAUACAUGGGUAUGUGAAGGAUAAGGAUGGGAUGGAGAUGAGGGGCCAGGAUAAUGGUUUUAAGGGAAUUGGGUGUGGAGAGAAGGUAUGGUGGAAGUCCAGAGCAUCACUGGCAGCAUUAGAAUGCAAUGCAGGCAGAUCAGAGACACACAUCCACACACAGGUGGAACACAUACCAACUCCACCUGAUGCAGUUUUGACACCAUCUCCUCUGUGUGGUCACAACUCAGAGAAGGCAAAGGGCCUUAGGGAAGAGUUCCAACCACAGGACCUCAGAACAUUUUUCAUGGUGUUGCACCCACCACGAUCCAUCCCAGCUCCAUCUGUCUUCUAUUACAAGAACCCCCAAGAGAAGCAGAGGACUGGACACCGGUCAACCAGAAAGCCAAGGACAGAGUCUGGGAGAAUGCCCGUGACUACAGCCUCUACCCUGCUCUCUCUUUGAGGAAGGAAGGCAAUGCCAUCCCCUGCUCUGUGCCUGGGUGCCACUGACCAGCAUGAGGAACAGGGCAGGGACCUGUUUCUCCCCGGUGAUCUUGCUCCAGAAUUUCUCUCAGCUUUAUAAGUCUGCAGAACCCACAAGGCAGGCUAAGUACCGAUGACAAGGAGGGGAAUUGCUUUUCCUCUCAGGGGAAGGUUCAGCUGGAUAAACAUAAACCCCAACUUGUGCCAUUCUUUAUAAAAUGAUUUGAAAGGC